GGCAACUACCGCUACAGAGCUUGUUUUCGCUGACGGAACCAUCCGACAGAGUCUUAGUUCUAGGGUUUCCGACGGGAAAUGUUUAGGGACGGACCCAUUCCGGCCAGGCAUGCUUAGAUGUGCGUGUUGGUAUCUAUUGGACAUCACAACUCUCAAUUUUGAUCUUUUUCAACAUGCAUUUAUUGAAUUUGAUUAGACCUUCCUUCAAAUUGAUUGCACCGAAAAUAACAAAAUAUGGGUUAUUUUUAACAAUGCCCAGCAAAAUCAGUACUUGUGGAACAUUGAGGAUGAUUUAUUUGAACAAAAAUAUUUCAAAAAAUGCUGAUAACAUAGAUCUAGAUGAAUGGAAAUUGGUUGUGCUUUCUGGCUUGGAAAAAGAAGCAUUUGAAAAAGCAUCGCCUGAGGAAGAGCCUAAUAUAGCAGCUAUUAAGGAAUACAUUGACAUGUCUAGGCGUUUAGGUAAAGCUGCUCCAGAAAAUAUUACUGAAGAACAGUUAAAGAGGUUGAUUGAAUAUCCUUCUGUUUCUUCAAGAAAUAGAUAUUUGGCCUUUCUGGCUUCAAAAGAAAUGAGAAAGAAUGCCGAAAAAGAAAAAAAGAAAAAACAACAGGAAGAAAGGGAUGCACUUAGGAAAACAAUAGACAAUGAAGAGCUAAUACCAAAAAGUAGAUUGUUUCGGGCCAUCUGGGAGUCCUCAAUGGAUGUUGUCUACAAUUGGAAAGCUGCUCAGGCUAUGAGUUUUGGUCAGCCUCUGGUAUUUGACAUGGAUUUCAACGAUAUGUCAGAGAGAGAGAUGCAGAAUACAGUGAAUCAAAUGAUGGAAUGUGAAGGAGCCAAUCGUAAAGCUGUAGAACCAUUCCAUUUAUAUUACUGUAAUUUGAAAGAAGAUGGUCCAUACCACAAAGAAUUCCUCAAGCGUUAUGGAGAUACAUGGGACAAUUUGUUUGUGACAGUGACAGAAAAGUCUUAUGUUGAAUUAUUUCCAAGAGAUCAGAUUGUCUACUUAACUGCUGAUUCUCCCAAUGUAAUGGAAACAUUUGACCAUAAUAAAAUCUAUAUAAUUGGAUGCCUAGUUGAUAAGUCAAUAAGGAAGGGAGUCUCUCUUGCUCGUGCAAAGCGCUUGAACUUGGCAACAGCACAACUUCCUCUAGAAAGAUACUUUCAUUGGAAAACUGGAGCCAAAGUUCUUACUUUGGAUCAAAUGAUAAUGAUCUUAAUAACUCUGAAAAAUACUGGAAAUUGGAAGGAAGCUUUAGAGUUUGUUCCAAAAAGAAAGCACCAAGGUUUUUUAGAUCCAUCUUUGCAACAUUUUAUUCAUAGGCAAAAGAAUAGAAAAAUCUCUCAGCAAAACUUCAAAAAAAAGCUAUUGGUAGAGGAGCUCUCCAAGAAACGUUUGUGGAAUGGAUUGUGGGAAGAGUAGUGUGUAAAACACUACUAACUAUGACUGGUAUAAAUUUCAUGUAAAAUAACAUUUGUCCUCCGAAAGCUUUCAACUUCUACAAACUAAAGAAUCCAAUAAUGCUAAAACAUAUAGUUUUACCACAGGAAAACUUAUUUACAAAUAUAUAGGAAGCAUCACUUCUGACUGCUGAGAAAGAUUCUGUAAUAAACAAUAGGGCUGAAAAACAGGUUAAAGACAAUAACUAAUUGUUAAUGCGUGUCUGUCACUAACCCCAAUGUAGUAUGGUAUAUGCUUUUUCUCUGCUUCCCAUUGCAUUGCCUCAUACAACAAAGUUAUGUAAACAUAGUUUCCUAAUUUUGAUACAGGGGAAUUUGUAGUUACUGUGAAUUUUGCUAAACAACAAGGAGUUCAAAUUAUUGUAAAUGUUCUGAUUGUAUGCAGGAAUUAAUACUAUAUGAGGAAUGUAACUAUUAAAAAAAGUGAAUUGUGUGUUUUAUCUUUUUAUUUUACAGGAAAAAAGUUGAAUAAUACUCAAUUGUUUCAAUUGCCAAGAUAUUAUUUAAAAAGUUGUAUUUGUUAAAUAUAAAGGG